GGGAGAAAGUGACCGGCUAUUUUUCGUAUAAAGGAUAGUUCGCAUGUAAAUUUUACAGGAAGGAGCCCGAUCUCGAAUUGGAGGGUCUCCUCAAAAGGCAUUACACAACCGUGGAGUUUUUUCAGGGCACCAUGAUGAAUGCUGUGGAUCUGGAGCGCGUUAAGGUCCAUGAAGCUGACGCCUGUUUGGUGCUUGCAAACAAAUAUUGUCAGGAUCCAGAUGCGGAAGAUGCAGCAAAUAUAAUGCGCGUCAUCUCUAUAAAAAACUACUCCGAUGACAUACGCGUUAUCAUACAGUUAAUGCAGUAUCACAAUAAGGCCUAUUUAUUAAACAUUCCAUCGUGGGACUGGAAGAGGGGCGACGAUGUUAUUUGUCUGGCGGAAUUGAAAUUGGGAUUCAUAGCUCAGUCUUGUCUGGCGCCGGGAUUUAGUACAAUGAUGGCCAAUCUCUUUGCCAUGCGCUCUUUUAAGACGUCGCCGGACACUCAGGCAUGGCAGAAUGAUUACCUACAGGGCACGGGCUGCGAGAUGUACACGGAAACCCUCUCCCCGUCCUUUACCGGGAUGACAUUUCCCCAAGCCAGCGAACUAUGCUUCACCAAACUAAAGCUACUGCUUCUGGCAAUCGAGAUUAAGGGAGAAGAAGGUACGGAUAGCAAGAUCUCAAUUAAUCCACGUGGUGCUAAGAUUGCAGCUAAUACUCAGGGGUUCUUCAUUGCUCAAUCAGCGGAUGAAGUCAAACGUGCAUGGUUCUACUGCAAAGCCUGCCAUGAAGAUAUUAAGGACGAAACUUUAAUCAAGAAAUGCAAAUGCAAAAACUUGGCCACAUUCCGGAAAGGCGUGCGGGCUGUUCAAAUGGUUGGAAGAGCAAGUGACGACUUCUCGUAUGCAAACGAUCACCAUCCUCCCCCCACUUUCACUCCGCCAGAACUGCCCAAGAUGGUUCACGUGAGAGGUGAAAUUAGUCGUGAUCGUGAUGAUCCGAGUGCAAUGAGUAACCAUAGAAAUUCUGUAGGAAUGACAAUGAUAAAUUCGACUAAGCAGGUCAACAAGGUGAAACCGAAUGUAAAUAGGACCGCCAGCGAUGGCUUGUCGAGCCCAAAUCAGGCAUUCAAUCAAAGAUCGCCACAAGAGGAGUCCGCAUAUGCUGGCUACCAUCUCGCCUACGAAGUGAAAAAACUCAUGCCCACCAGUCGUGCAUCAGGCGGCUCCAACGUCAACAAUAAUGGCGGCCUCCAGAUCGGCAUCGCGGACGAUCAAGCCAAGGAUUUCGACUUCGAGAAAACGGAGAUGAAGUACGACUCGACUGGUAUGUUCCACUGGAGUCCAGCCCGCAGUCUCGAAGACUGUAUACUUGACCGUAAUCAGGCGGCCAUGACGGUACUCAACGGCCACGUAGUCGUUUGUCUCUUCGCCGAUCCCGACUCUCCUCUUAUCGGGCUGAGAAACUUGGUCAUGCCGUUAAGAGCAUCCAAUUUUCAUUACCAUGAGCUUAAGCACGUAGUAAUAGUUGGCUCCGUGGACUAUAUUAGACGUGAAUGGAAGAUGCUUCAAAACUUACCCAAGAUAUCGGUCUUAAACGGCUCGCCACUAAGUAGAGCAGAUUUACGCGCAGUUAAUGUAAAUCUGUGUGAUAUGUGUUGCAUCCUGUCGGCAAAAGUGCCUAGCAACGAUGAUCCCACCCUCGCCGACAAGGAAGCUAUCUUAGCGUCCCUCAACAUCAAGGCAAUGACAUUCGAUGACACGAUAGGUGUUUUAAGUCAAGUUGGAAGUCCUAUUGUUCUUCAGCGAAGAGGAUCCGUUUAUGGUGCAAAUGUACCAAUGAUAACAGAACUUGUCAAUGAUAGUAACGUACAGUUUCUCGACCAAGACGACGACGAUGACCCAGACACAGAGCUCUAUCUCACUCAGCCGUUCGCUUGCGGCACUGCCUUUGCCGUUAGCGUGCUGGAUUCUCUAAUGUCGACGGUUUGUUUCCUUCACCUCUGAUAUUCCAAACAAUGUGCCGUCACUCAUCCACUGGAUGAGCCCUUUGCCAAUAAUAAAUGUCA